AUGAUUUAUCCUUCUUCCCUUCUGUCUUUCUUCAUAUUUUCUCCCCUCUGUCUUUCAAUCAAUGCAAAAACCCUAAUCCAUGACACUUGUGAAAUUUGCUCUCAACAAGAUCCAUUUGUGAACUACAGAUUCUGCACCACCUCUCUCCAAGCAGCCUCUGGGAGCCGUCAUGCUGACAUCAUAGAGCUUGGAAAGAUCUCGAUCAAACUAGCAUAUGAUAACAUGACUGACACUCAGUCUUACAUCAAAAAGUUGCUGAAAAAUGAUAUCGAGAAGAUCAGUUCUUAUAUGAAGUUGCGUUUGGAUGACUGUCAUGAUCUUUACAAAGACUCUAUCUCUGAUAUUAAAGAUGCCACGAAAUAUUAUAAUAAUAAGCGUUACUAUGAGGCAAGUUUACAUAUGAGCUCGGUUAUGGAUGCUACUACCACUUGUGAAGAUGGAUUCAAGGAGAAACGUAUGGGUUUGUCGCCAUUGACAAAAAGAAAUAACGCUACUUUUGAAUUGGCUGCAAUUGGGCUUUCGAUUGUACGUAUACUUCAAAGUGAUGCGAACUAA